AUGUCGCCCACCAUCCGGCGCUUGAUGAAGGAGGCGGCGGAACUCUCAGAAUCAUCGCCUUUUCCAUCGCCACAUUUCUGCGCACACCCCGUGUCUGACUCGAACCUAUUCGACUGGCACUUCACGCUGGCUGGUCCUCCAGCCCCGUCACCGUACGCCGGAGGAAUCUACCAUGGCCGCAUUGUCCUGCCGCCGACGUACCCCUUGAGACCCCCAUCUUUUCGCUUUUUAACACCUUCUGGACGAUUCGAAGUCAAUCGCGAGAUUUGUCUAAGUAUAAGCGGCCACCACGAGGAGACAUGGCAGCCUGCGUGGGGGAUUCGCACUGCACUGACCGCCAUUCGAAGCUUUAUGGAUGGAGAUGCCAAGGGACAAAUAGGCGGUCUAGAUGCACCAGAGGAUGUCCGGAGGAUGUGGGCCCAGAAAAGUCGACUAUGGAGUUGUGAAUGCAUGAGUGGAAAGACAAAUGAACAAAUUCUGAAUGAGUGGCGGGCGAUUUGCGCGCAAAAGGGCAUAUCUGUGGACGAUCAGGAUCGAGAGACUGUUCCCGAGGAACUGAGGAUGAGCUAUAAGAAACCCUCGGAUGAGGGUCAUUCACAGUCGUUGGCCAAUUCAACUAAUAGAAACGAGGAGUCCAGUGCACUAUCAAGUGAAGAUGAUGGAAAUUCAGCACCGACGAUAAGCCCAGCACAUCAAGAACCCUCCUCAUCAACUUUAAUAACUACUUCAAUUCUUGGUCCCCAGGUUCCUCCAUCUUCUGAGAGUAACACAUCACCGACGACUCUACGGCCAACACCCACAACCACAUCUACAGUUACGUCGAACAAUAACACAAUGAGCAGACCAUUAAACACACAAACAAACUCCUCUCAAGAUGGCUCCUGGCUGGACCGAGCCAUCGUCGGGGUACUCAUUGCCCUGAUAUUUAUGAUAAUGAGACGAAUCGCUGCCUCAGAGGAUAUCUAA